AUGGCUCCCAGUAACACUCUCAUGAUCCACAUGGAGGAGAAACUGCUCCCAAAAGAAAAGAACAAACUGAGGAAGCCAGUGGUGGAGAAAAUGCGGCGUGACCGGAUUAACAGCAGCAUCGAGCAGCUAAAACUGCUCCUGGAGAAGGAGUUUCAGAGACACCAGCCCAACUCCAAGCUGGAGAAAGCCGACAUCCUGGAAGUGGCUGUCAGCUACCUGAAGCAGCAGAGCCAGUUGCAGGACCAAACAUUCACUCACAAGAAUCUAGAGCAGGACUUCAACAGCGGAUACCUGCGGUGCCUCAAGGAAGCCAUGCAUUUUCUGUCCUACUAUGAACCCAAGAAGGAAACUCAGGUGCAGCUAAUCAAGCAUUUCUGCAAAGCUCAGAUGGGUGCAGAUGUCAGGUACUCUCCCGCUCUGCGUAGUCCACCCCUGUCACCCCAUCUUUUUGCCAGAAAGCAACCUGCCCAGAAGAGUGUGGCUGCUGCUCCCACCAUCUGGAGGCCCUGGUUUUUUUUUGAACUUUGCUUUAUUCCUAUGUUUAGCUACAAAAAACAGAGGGACCUGUGA